UAUUAUAUGGAAUUAACGAAGAUAUAUAUACCGAUUUCGAUCAGAAAACCUUUAUUUCAAGUAUUUUACUGGACAUCAAUAUAACUCAGGUCAAAAUGAAACUAUUGAUAUUAUCUGCAUUCCUGGUGCUCGCUGCAGCAAACACCUACAGCCCCGACAAUGACAACAUAGAUAUUGAGUCUGUAGUAUCUAACGUUGAUGUUCUGAGGGAUUUUAUCAAUUGCUUCAAUGAUAACACACCGUGUGAUGAGGUGAAAUCGGAUUUUAAAAAGGAUCUCCCCGAAGUUUUCGAAACAUCCUGCUCCAAAUGUACUGACAAACAGAAGCAUAUCUUCAAAAGAUUCAUUGACGAAGCCAAAGUGAAACUGCCAUCUGAAUACGGGAUCUUCUUACAGAAAUACGACACUCAAGGAAAAUUCAUUCAACCUCUUCAAGCUGCAAUCUCUGGUUUUUAAAAGAUAAAAAUGAAUAAUAAAUAUUCUUAAUUCA